AUCUGUUAAUAAUUUUCAAGUUCCUAAUUGAGAAAAAAGCCCGAUGAUUAUUUCACAAUCAUUUUUUUUUAAUUAGUAUAAGUGAUUUUUUUUUUAUUCUCAUUCCAAUUGUUGGUGGUCGCUGCCUAAUAAGUAAUCAUAUAUCAUUACGUCAACGUUCAUAGGUAGUUCAUAGUCUACUUAAAUUAAUUUGUUUGGACUUUUCUACCUGAUGGAAAUAACGGGAAUGUCUGGUGAGUAAAACAGUUAACAACAAUUAUUAUUUAGCAUGCUAACUAUAAUGAGUUUUAUUUUUAUAUUUUUCACUUAGACACAUUUGGCUUAAAAUAAUUAAAAUACAAAAUGACACGUUCAUGUUUCUAUUUCUGUAGAGUUAUAUUUACUUAACCUAAUGUAACGAUUGAUUAAAAUAUUAAAUUUUAAUAUUGUCUAAAGUAAUCAUAUAUGCUUAGGUGGUUAUAAAUAAUAUUAUAUUUUUAAACCAAUUUAUUACCGUUGAUUUAGAUUUUAAUUGCAGUAAAAUUUCCUUUAACAGUUCAUAACCUUUCAAAGCCUGCCACUUCUAUGUAAUGGUAAUUUUUUUUUUGGUCCCAUCAAGUGUUAUGCGUCUAUAUGAUACCUCUAAAGGAAGGUCACUUCUAAAUAGCGGUCAUUAUUUCCAGUCCCUUUGAUGACUGUUACAUGGAAGUUUUACUGUAUAAUUUUACUGGUAAUUUUUAUUUUUUUAUAACUUUGUCUCAAAAUAAUUUAUAAUCAGCUUUUAGCGAGGUAAUCAGUUAGUAAGUAAGUCUAUUAAUUUCAUGGCCUUAGAUUAUUUAAAACAAAAUUUAAUUUAUCAUUGAAUGUCUAAUUUGUUCGGAAAUAAAUAUUGCAGUGUUUAUAUUUUUAAUUAAUUAACCAAUUAAACAAUUAAUGUAAAUACUGACUGCCAGAUAUUGUUAUAUUGAUAAGUUGAUAUAUGCCUAUUAUAUUUAAUGGAGACUAUCAUAAAAAUAUCAUAUUUAAUAAUUUUAGAUUUUGGGUAAAUGGCUUUACUGAGAUUAUACUUUUUAAUAUUAUUUGUUGUGAUAACUAAUAAAUUAUUCAUCCUUAGAUUAUCUAUCUAAUAAAUAAUUAAAUUACCUAUACUUAUUUGGUAUAUUAUUUAAUAUAUUUUCUAUACAAUUUAAUACAACAGAAUUAUAAACAUUUUAAAUUUGGAUUACAUAAUAAAAAAGGCUUUAAACAAUUGUGAGUGUUCUAUUACCAUACUUCUUUUUGUUGAUUUGUUGAUGGAAAAUAAUUCUUUCGUGGUUAUUUUUAUUAUUUUAUAAGAAAAUAUUUAACGAGUAAAAGUUAUAAAUGAAUAUAAGGACAUGUUGUCUCUAGUUAAAAAUAUAAUAAAGAAAAUGUUCUUUAUUAUACUAUUUUUUUAUUUUAUUCUUUAUUUUUCAUUUUUCUUUUUUUUCCUUCUUUAUUUUUAAAGCUUUUAAUUAGCUAAAUAGGUAAGUAUAUAAGUACUUCAAUUAUUAUUAAUCAAAUCAUAAAUAAAUACUUGGUUGUUAGGUAUUUGCAUUGUAUUUAUAACAUUCUAUUAAGUAUUCUAAUUUUAUAGUUAUCAGUUAUUCAGUUCAUAUUUUAAAUAUUGAAAAAUAGUAAUGCAACUAACUUUUUUCUCACUCCCAUCCCUAAAAUUAUUCAACUUUUUAACUGAGGAACUAUUUUAAAAGCAUUACCAUAUAAAUGUUAGUAGGUACUUGUAUAAUAUUAGGUUUAUUAGGGCAAUAAACUUUUGAUCUAUAUUGUGUUAAAUAUAUAUUAUAUAUUAUAUAAUACAAAGUAAUACUAUAGUAUUAUGUAUAAUAUAUGAGUAUUAGUAGGUAUCUAUUAUAAUACCUAUAUUUAAGAGUAUUUGAUUAAUGGUUUAUUAGCAAUGUCAUAAUAUAAACUAUGAGAGGUUGUUUAAAUACCUAGAGGAGUUGAAAUAUAAUUUGUUUCAUUAAAAGUAACUUUUAAAUUUAACCAAAUUCGAUAACUGAAAGGUGAAAUCUAUUUCAUCUUUACUACCCUUAGAGAUUGAAUUUCCAAAAAUCCUUUCUUAGUGGAUGCCCAUGUACUAAUAGCUAUUUCUGUGCUAAAUGUCUGCCCUUUCUGUCCAGUACGAUGAUGAAUCAGUCAGUUAGUCAGUACAUGUUGAACUUAUAUACACGGUCUAUAUAUAUAUAUAAUAUUCUAUGAUUUCUUUUUCUGUCUAUCUGUCUAGCAGAAUAUUUGUUGUCACAAUAAUAUUAUUUUAGUAAUAAUAUGCAAGUAAGACAAAUAGGUAAUGGUGAUAUUAGCUAGUACGAUGAAAAUAAUUAAAAGUUUGCAAGUGGUAAAAACAAUCUCUAUCAAUUUAUAAACAUCAAUAUAAUAUUGUUGUGUUCAUUUUUUUCAUAAUUUCUGUUGUCAUGGUUAUUUUAUUGUUUGUGGGCAUAGUAAAAUAAUAUAAUAUGACUUUUUUUGCUUAAAGUUUUAGAAUAAUAGGUGUAACCUGGAAAAGAAGUAAUAUUUUUAUGUAUUUACUCCAAAACUUAAUAACUAUUUCUAUUGAGUUUCUAUUAAUAAACAUAUAUUAUUUACAACUCAAUAGUUGAUAGGUUAUCUGUUUUCUAUUCAGUUUUUUAUAUGACCUUCUUUUACAUUAAUCAUUUCUAUUACAAUUUUUAGAUGCAUCAAUACAUUAAUUAUUCAUACUCAACAAAAGUGAAGUUAGGAUGUAUUUAAUUGCACAAGUUGAUAAUUAAUAAUUUUUACCAAGAUAAAAUAAUAAUAAUAAAAAAAAAAAAGUUUUUAAAUGUUUAAAUCUACAUCUUAAUUUUUUGGUUUAAAAGUAUAUUUAAACCUUGCAUUUUGAAAAUCAAAAGUUGUGAUAAUUUAUAAAGUAUGAAUAUACAUUUUGGCAGUAUGGAAAACUAUUAAGUACAUUUUUAUGUUUUAAACUUUUACCAUGUCUUAAUUUUAAGUUCUAAAAUAUUUCAAGUUAACCUUUUGAGGCACACAUUCAUUUUUUUUAUUGAAAAUCAAACCUUUUAUUUUAGAAUAUAUUAUAGUUUAGGUGUUUGACACUAGUUUCAUUUUGGUUUAAGUAUUUAACAUUAAAUAUAAUAUUGAGAUACCGAGUUAAAUUUAUUUAGUAUUAUAAAAAUGCUUGCUAAUACUAUUUUGAAACUGUUCUAUUCAGAUAAUUUUCUUAAGAAGUAUUGUUUAUAGUUUGAUAGACAUGUUAAACUUGUUUAGUUGCUUUAUUAACACUUUAUAUUUUUACAUUUAAAAUCAUUAAAACUAUUUAAUUCAUAGUCUCCUUUAUUAAAUUAAAUUUAUAACAUAUUUAGGUGCUAGUUUAGUGAUGCUACAAUUUAAGAUAAAAUAUCUUCUUACUGAUUUUAUGAAUAAUUUUGUAAAUUGUCAAGCUUUUGAAAUUAAAAUUGCAAAUUCAAUAACAAAUUUGUUUUAAAAAGUAUCUUGAUAUAAUGUACUAUGCAUUUCAAAGUACAUCAUUUAAGUGUUUCAUAAAACAAAAAGUAUUUUAAGGAUUAAUAAUUUUAUAAGUUAAUUUUUGAUAUAUUACGUACUAUACAAUUAACUUUAAUAUUAUUUUAAGUCUUAAAUAACAAAAUUACAAAUUUUUAUAAUUGAGGAAAAUAUGUAACAGUUCAUAUCAUUUGAUUUUUAUUUGGUUUCUGAUUUGAAAACAGUUUUUGUCUAUUUUUAUACUUUGUAAUUUGAUAAAUUAGUUGAAAAAAAAACAAAUACCUAUAAUACCUAUAAUACCUAUUUUUUUAUAGUCUAUCUAAUUUAAUCUUAAAUUAAUUUGUGUUAGCAAUCAGUCAAACAGCUUUGAUAUUAGUGAUAAAUUUUGUCCAUAGAGGUGUAGUGUCACUGGAUUUUUUAAAAGUUAACCUAAAAUAAUUCCAUUUUUUUUUUUUUAUUAAUUUAUUUCACAUACCAGUGCUUUGAUUGGGUUAAUAUUAAACUACUCAUUUCUGUUGGUUAGGUAUAUUAAUAAAACUAAACAUAUAAUAUGAAUAUACACAUUUAUUCAUUUUUUCAUAUCUUCUUCAAAAUUAUGAUUAAAGCUGACAAUUUAUCAUAAGCUUUAAAAGAAGGUUUCAUACUCUAAGUAUACUCUCAUUGAUAUGUCACAGUAAAUGUUUUUAUUCAAAUUUUAUCUUAGUUAAAAUUCUGGGGGUCAUAAUUUUUUAACCUUUCUCAAAAAGUAAAUAAUUGUAUUAUCUAAGUAAUUAAUUUAUUCAAAAUGAAAAUUGGUGUAUGGUUUUUUAGUGUCUAUUAAUCUAUUUUGAUUAUUGUGAGAUGGUUUGAUAAACUUUGUAUAGAUUUCAUAUUAUGUCAUAUUUAAAUUUAAUACUGUAUACAUACCCAACUACUUAAUUUAUAAUUGAACAUUUAAUUUGAUACCUAUAAAAUUUAAUAAUAUUAUUAUUUUUAGAUUGUCGUCAUCGACAAAAAAAUUAAACUAGUUAUAUUAUUAUUAAUUAUUACUUAAAAUUAUAACUAAUACUACUAGAUAAUAAUAUACAUUAUAGUAAAUAAUACAAUAAUGUAUUCGUUUUUCCUAAAACUAAUACAAUUGUUUUUUUGUAAUGAUAUUUCUAAUUUGUUCCUAUUUUUUUUUUCUGUAAGAUUUCAAAAUAUCAGUGUAUUAAUAAUAAUGUUGAUAGUGUAUGGAAAAUGACUAUUAACCAGAGGAUUGUUUUUUUUGUUUUAUAUUUUUUAUUAUUUUGAACUAAUAUAAUAAUUUUUCUACUUCAAGUAUGCGAUUAAUUUAUUUGUUAGAUAAAUUGUUACUAUUUAAUUUUCAUACAUAGACAUUUGUAUGAGUAUACUUAACAAUGUUUAUGUUGUGUGUUUUUCAAGUUUAUAUUAGUUUGAAUAUUUUAUUUACUAUUGUAUUUUAUAAAAAUAGACUAAAUACUAAGAAAGGUAAACAAAUAUUAUUGAAGUUAUUUUUUAUAAGAUAAAUUAUAGGUUUUCUUUUAUGUAUCCAUGUAAUGUUUUUAAAAAUCUAGAACCCAAGGGCAAGGGUGAACAAAUGUUGGUGCCUAUUCAUAAUGAAUUACCAUCUAAAAUAGAAUAUCUAAAUAAACAAACAAAGUAGAAAUAUUAAACUAAGUAUCUAUAUAACAUUUAAUUGGGUUAUAUUUGGUUAUAUAUUGGCUAUAGUUUUUGGCAGUCAUUAAUACGUAGGAUAUUUUUUUCAUAGGUAAGCUAAAUUAUUUGUGCCCUAAGAAUCUUUCAUUGUUUUUUUUUUCACUUAAGUAUUAUUGGUUUAUUAGUUUAAUUUAAUUUGUUGUUUGUAUAUUAUGAUGUACGUAUCCGGGUGAUUCAUCAACUUUGAGAAAGUGAUUGUGGUGUAGUAGGUAAUGUGAGUUUCUAUAACACCUCGUUGCAUGGCUAGAGAAUCACCUAUAGUCUAUACAUCUACUAUUAAUGUUGCAUGCAUCUAACUAAAAAUAUACGCGAAAAACAAUUUUUAAUAUUAAUUUUUGAUUUUUGAGGACCUUUUGAAUAGUGAACUAGAAAUCUUACACUUACAAUUGUUGCACUUGGUAUGCAGGCUUAUAAAGUAUUUAAGUAAAUGAUUUUGAAUACUUGAAUGCUAUUUUAAUUCCUAUUUCCUUAACAUUUGUUUAAUUUAUUCAAAGUAUUAAAUUAUUUCAGAAUUAAUGCACAGCACAUUUUAUUUAUUUUUAUUUUUCCGUAUUCAAUGAAGUAGGUGGUAUAAAAUUCUAAUUAUAGGUAUACCUACUUCAACAGUUGAAUAUUGAAUUUUAUAUUAGAAAUUUCAAAAUAAUUUUGCAAACCUACUUGAAUUAACUAUAAGGCUAAAUUAAAAAAAGUAUUUGAGAAAUACUUAAAAACAUGCUGAGUGUUUAUAUUUGUUCUUCAAUUGUAUCUGAAAUACUUUCUGAAUGGAUGUAUUUGUAUAUGUAUUUAAAAACAAUUUGAAAAGUAUUUUUUAAAAAACUGUGUGUAUGAUUAGUUUAUGUUUUAGUCUAAAAUUGUAUUUCUUGUUUAACUUGUUGUUAAUCUUUGUACUUAAUUUAUUUAUUUUUUGGGUUGUUUACAAUUUAUUAUUGAAUUACAUAUUUUGAUUUGAAAAAUCUUGUUUUCAACCAGACCGGAAUUUUUCAAGGUCAAAUUUAUUUAUGGAGUACCUAUGUAGUGAAACUUAUACAAAUUGUAAAUAUUAAAUGUGACGAUUAUACGUAGACGUUUGAAUAUUUUAAAUUGUAAUAUGAAUGGUAGUAUUAUGACGUUAUUGGUCUUGCCAAAAAUAGUUUUAUAUAAUAAUGUAAAAAUAAUUGUUAAUACAAUUAUUAUUCAUACUUGAAUAUUCAAAAAAUAUUUUUUUAUAGCUUUUUAUUUAUUUUAGUCAUAAUAUCACUUAAGGGUUAUUUUUAUAAUAUUUUAAAAAUCGGUUUCCUAUUCACAUAUACUGUCCAAAUAAAUAUAAUUGUUUUGAUUUUCAAACAGAUAUCUAUAAUACUGUUACCUCAAAUAGGUAGUUAAUUCAAAGGGAUUAUUCAAAGAAUUCAGAAAACGUCAAUCAGUCUAAAAUUGAUGGUAGUUUUAUGUUUCGGUUGAAGAAAUAAAUAGGUUAUGUUUGGUAAAAAACUUUAUAAUCUAUUGGUCUAUCAUUAUAACAAUAUAUGGGUGCCAAAAUGAAAGAUUAAUAGAUAUUUCUUAGUAUAUUUUUAUUAAGAGUAUACAAAGUUGGAAUAUUGUACUUCUUGUCGAUCACGCAAAUCCUAAUCGAAUCUUAGCACUUGUAUCAUCAGUUAACUAGUUUUCUUUUUCAUAAAAUAUGAAUUAAAAAUCUAUAGAAAAAUUAAGCUUCCUGAAAAGAGAAGUAUUUUUAAAAUGUAAAUAAAAAAAGUAUAUAGUAUAAAAAUAUAAUAUAAAAUCUGUAUGGUAUUAAAAAUAAUGAUAUUUCAAGAUUAGAUAAUAAUUUUAUAUUGAUAUCAGUGAUAUUUACAAGUAUCAGAGUUUAAUAAUCUACCUACCUGCAUUUAAAAUUUAUUUUAACCUUUAUCUAUCGUAUAAUGAUGUAUAAAGGUAAUGGACAAAGUCAUAUAAACUUUUCAAAGAGAAGGUCAUUUUCUCUCUGAUUUUUAUAAUUUAAAAUAUACAAGUUACAGUACAUUAUGUUAUAUUAUCUUUUGAUUGCCUAAUUCUAAUUGUUUUGUUAAUUAUUAUUAUUAUGAUUUUUAUUUUUGGAUGUGCAUAAUUUUAAGCGUUUUCAGGAAUACAUUUAGUUUAUAACUAAAUUUAAUUAACGUUUUUUCCCCUGUUUUUGGACAAAAUGCUACAUCCAAAAUCAAUGUAAUAUACAAUUAAUUUGAUUGUUUGGGUAUUAACAAUUUAUUCGAAUUACUGAUAUUUUGUUCAACAAAUACCAAUAUAACAAUGGCAUUAUAGACUAUUUGAUGAUUCCCCAUGGGAACACCAUUAGUCGUAAUACAAGUAUAUUGUUAAAAAUACGUAUUAUUAUUACCUACAGAUUUUUGUGUGAUAAUUAAAAAAUUAAUUGUUUAAAGCAACGAUAUUUUAUUUAGUUUAUGUACAGGUAAUAUUAAUAAUAAUAAUAGGGGUAAAAGAAUACAUUAUUGAAAUGCGAUAGUUAAUUGUGUGACGUAGUAAUGACGUUAUAGUAACUGAUUAAAUUAGUUUUAAAAUAUUAGGUAGAGUUAAUAAAAAUAUUUAAUUAGCAAUAUUUUUAGUUUGAGAUUUAUCUAAUUCAAAUAUGUUAGGUAUCGACAACAUUAUAAGUAGGUAUACGUGUGUUAAAUUGUAAUUAAAGUACUCUUGGAUAUCGUAAUUAUAGUUUGGUAUCGAAAAUAAUAAUAAUUGGCGACCAAUAUAUACAUUUUAAACAAUACUUUUGAUUGAUUAAUUUUAACAUCAAUUCUAUAUUAAUCGGUUUUUUUUUUUGUAGAAAUAAUUUGCGUGCAUACAUGUUUACAUAUAUAAGUAUCGAUAGUUGUAUUGGUACGUCGAUAAUAGACGAGCAGUGUUACUAUGUUGAAUUCGAUAGUGGUGGCGGUAUAUAGUCACGAGACGUUGACUCAUUUAUAAGUGGUUUGCGAAGACUGUUGCAGGUAUUACCAGUUGGCCAAGUCUGUGGUAACGUAGGGUCGCGUUUCGAGAGUGUUCUCGGUGUAUUUGCGUGCGUUUUUUUUUUUGUACGGUCAAAUAAAUUAAUAUUGUGAACAUCAUCGAGUACCUAUAGAUUACCAAUCGUCGUAACCAGUAAGUCUCGCGAAAAUUACUGACAAAUAUUAUUUUAUUACAACAAUAUAAGUAAUAAUAAUUAUAUAGCUAGGUCGUAUAGGUACGGAUAUUAUCGUUCGUAUAUGAUACACUCGAUAGUUAUCUGUCGACCAGUUUUUUGUUUGUAUAGAAACGAAAAGUUUUCAAUUCUAAAGAGAUUAUUACAAAAUUACCCGCCUAUUACGCCUGUAGUACCUACGACCUACCUAUUAUAUAGUUUCAAUUAUUAUUUUAUUAUUUUGACGUUGUAUAAAAUAUGACAAUAUCUAUAAUAAUACUUGAGCAUUUUAUUUUUAUAAUUAUUUAUAAACUGUUAAUUUUAUUUAUUCUAUCAUUAUUCUUUGGAAAAUAUAUAUUUUUACGUUUAUUUAUUUAACGUAUUAAUUAUUAUCCAUUAUCAAAUUAGUAGAUAAUAUUAUCAACAACAAAAAUAAUAUUAAAUAUAGUACCAAGCUUAAAAAGACUCGCUCUUUAAAAUCGAAUUUUGUGUCUGUCUAUGCCGUUCCUCUUAAAUCAUAAUACAACGCAUCUACCUAUCUUCAUAUAAAUAAUUACACACCAUGACAUGGCGAAUUAUUAUGCAUUCGUUACAUUUAAUAUGCCCGUGUAGAUUGGUUAACAAACGUACUUAAAUUAUUUUGAUUUUGCGUUUAGACUACUUGAAAUGUACAAUGAUAAUAAUAUUGCACUUGGUUGUUGCAUUUAAAAAACGUGUACCUACAAAAUAACAAGUUUACACACAUAGGUAUAUGUCGGUGUCGCCGGUUUCCGCCAAAAAUGACCUUUCUGUUUUCCGCCAAAACCUUUUUUCGCCAGUUAUUAAUAUUAUAGGAUUUUAACGUUUAAUAACCUCUUUGUCUAAAUUCUUUUUCUUGUAAGUAAACGAUAUUAUUUACAUUUUUGCACAUGAUUUUUUCAACUUAGAUAUUAUAAGAAUACAUAUAUUAAAAUUAUUGAAAAUUAUUGUGUUAACUUAUAUCGGUUGAUAUUUAAAUAGCAUUGUACAAAUCUGAAAAAAAUUUGAAAGUAAUACAAUUAAAAAUAAAUUACCUAUAUACGUAUAUUUUAUGUAUCACAAAAUGUGACUUGUUAUUAUCUGAUAGCUAAAUGCUGUGAUGGAAUUAUAUUGAAUAAAAGAAAAAUAUUAUUGAAUAUUUCGAUAAAUGGGGUUACCAAACGUUAAAAUCCUAUAAUUUAUAAUUGAUGACCGAAAACGGAAAGGUCAUUUUUUUUGCGGGAACCGAUGACACGCUCGUAUAUAAAUAAAAAAAUAAUUAUAAAACGUAGACAUAUUAAUAAUCAUCGCUUUGUAGUUUAUAGAACAAUAUCAUAGAUACUAAUAAUAGUUACUUAGGUGUAUAUAUAUAGGGCUAUAUAGGUACAUAUAUUAUUAGAAAAUGUUUCAUAAUUAUUCAAGUAUAAAUAAAUGAUAACAUUGCAAGUAUACGUUUAUUAUAAUGUUAUUUAAUUACACCAAAUAGCGAAUAGUUUCCACGAUUCGAGUAUACACUAUUUUCGCAUAUUUGUAUUCCGUACGUUAUAAUAAUGUAUUGGUAUUCGAUGUAUAGUAAUUUUUGUUCCAGUUUAAUCGCCCAUAUAGUAGUAGUGUAUGUAUUAUAAAAAUUAUUCUUAAUAUUAUGUUAAUAAUAUUAAUCGUGGACGUUUAUUUUUAUUUAUCGCGUUCUUCUUAACCGACUAUUAGAAAUGAUUAAAAAACAGAUAUGUACAAUUAGAAAUCAUUAUAAUAGUAUCGAAACAGUAACGUUUUCUAAAUCCAUUGCAUUAUAAAAUUAUAAUUUCCAUAAAUUGCGUUUAACCCAGCGAAGUUCAGAGUCCUAUGUAAUACAAAAAAUAUGCCGAAGUCAUGAAGGUCAAUCUCUUUCCUUCAAACAGGUUGUGACUGCGUGUUUGAAUGCGUGUUGAUAUUAUUAUUGUUAUUAUUGCUAUAAUAUAAUAUGCAGUAACGAACUGUUAUUAUUAGUUGUAUUUAAUAGCGUUGUUAUAAUCGCUUGCUUUUUUUUCGACGUUGAAUUUUUUACGAAACGUACGAAAACAAUUAAUGACGAAAAAUCGUAAAUAAUAAUUAAUUAAAAUAUAUAUAUUCACGCAGGAAACAAAGUCUUGUUCCGAUCGUCUAAAUUCUUAGUUGGAUAUUUUCGCAUGUACGACCGCGGUUUUACUCAGGCGUAUUAUACGUAGGUAAUAAUAAUAGCAACCAAGUCUACAGAAAAAGAAAAAAAUGUAUAUUUUUUGAUUCUGCUGUUAUUAUUAUUAAUAUACCUAUAGGUGUUAUUACCCUCGAUGACGGUUAACGGGUUAGGAAAAAAAAAACCAAAAAUCGAAAUCAGGUUUACGUGCAAAAUAACUAGGUAAAAAAUAAUUCGAAAUAUAAUUCUGUUUUUCUUUUGUUUUCAUAAAUAUUCAUCGUAUAUUGUUUAUUGUAUAAUAUGUAAUUAUUUAUUCCUUGUUUUUUUUUAUGUAAUGCUACAGUGACGUAUUUGUGGAUUUUUGUACAGCACCUGAUGAUAUAACAUGUAAAAAAAAAAUAAAUUGAUAGCUUCUCUCGCUAAUAUUUUAUUAAUUAAAUUACAUGUAAAGUUAAAUCUUAAGCCAUAAUACGCCAUUGAAAUCCUAUACUUGAUAUUAUGUGGAACGAGAGUGGUAUAGUGAUUAACAAAAUCAACUUAGAUAAUCAUCUAAAUCUCUAAUAAAAACCGAUACCAGUAUUUAACUUUAAUACUCUGUUCGCAGAUUUUUUUUAUAUUUUGGACCGAGUGGUUUUACUAUGCGAUAUGGAAUUUUUUAUUUGUUGUACCUGUAAACGAAUUUUCUACCAGGAAUUUUGCUCAAAUCAAAAAAUGAUGAGAAAUAUUUGUUUAGCAUAAUAUUGGAUGUAAAGUUGUAGAUGCAUUGGGAAGGUUAUUUUUUUUUAUUUUCCAAGUGGUUUUUAUAGAAAUUAAGGGGAAAAAACGGACAAAUAUUUACGACAUUAUAAUGAUUUCAUUAUUUUACAUAUUUUUUGACUUAAGUUUUCUAUCAGACAUUUUGUUUCAAAUUACAAGAUUAGCAUAUUGUCUCAAAGACAAUUUUAUUUAGUUUAAUUUUUGAUUUUUCACGUGGUUUUUAUUAUAAAUUGGAAUAACCGAAAAAACAGCUGGAAAAUCUGACAAAUAUUUACCGCGCUAACUAUUUUGUUUUUUUAGUUUUUAUUUGGUUUUAUGUGGAUACAUUUAUAUAGAAUAGAAAUGUUGAACCUAAUGUAGUAGUUUUUUUUUUGUAUAAGAUUCUGGAAUAAAUGUUGACGAAAAUCGUAGAAUUACGUCGUUUUAAAACAUGUAUAACAGAAUUUUGUUCAGAAUCGUUUUUCAUUAGUAAUGGUUUAUUGUUAUUAUUAAAUUUAUAACUUUAUGUACAUUACCUUCCCAUUUACAAGUGGCACACGUAUCAGCAAUAUAAGUUCUUAAAAAUAAUUAUGGAUGUUAUACAAUAAACCAAUCGACGUUUUUAUGCUAUUUCGUAUGCUUUUAAUAUUUCUAAAUCCGAUUAUGUUCUAGUAAAAAAUGUAUCGGAUUCUAAUGACAUUAUCUUAAUCGUUACGAGCAAUUAUUAUAAUCUUUUCAUUUAAUAUUAAUCCGCAUUAAUUCGUUUCUUUUUAAAUUAAUAAUCCUACGUACUCAAAAUAAAUAAUAUGCUUAAUACAUUACGCAUUUUAGAUUUGAGCGUAUUAGUUUUAUUAUGACGUGUGUUUUUUUGUAAACAACUUUUCUAUCUGGAAUUUUACUCUGAUCAUUAACAUUAGAUGUGAAUUCAGGUAGCAUAUUUUUCUAGUUGGUGCAUUGAAGCGGUUAUUUUUCGAUACGCCUUGUAGUUUUCUUAAUUAAUAAUUUGAGGGGAGGAGAGGGAAACAGGAAUAUUUACGCGGUUUCCAUUAAUUUUGCUUUUGUUGAGUGAGAUAAAAUCGUAGAUACCUAUAACACUGAAGAUUUAUAUUAACACUUUCUUAAUGCGAUACAAAUUUUAAAACUUUCUGGCGAUUUUUGAAUUUUUUGUAGUCGUUUGAAAUAUUUGAGGGUUUUUUUAAAAACGUUUUUAUUUGAUUUUAUGUGAAUACAAUUAUUUUGCGUAACAAAAAUGCUCGAAAAUUCAUCAUGAAGUUCAUUCAACUCAUAGUUAAAAUGUAAUAAUUAUUUUUUAUAAUCGUAUGAUUGUUUAUACUUUUAUUGUUUAUUUUUCAUCGUGAAAAUCUCGGCAUUUCAUAAAUGUUGUACCGAACUUUGCUCAGAAUCAGUUUUCGUUAGCAAUGGUUUAUCCUGGCUUAUAAAUAUAAAUUAAAUUACUUUGUGUAUUACUUUACUUAACAUCUUCAACUUUCCACCUAUUUUUUUUCGUUUUGCGAUUGUUAAUGAAUGCAUUUUUAUUUUAAGAUUAUAGUCAUGUAUAUUGGUUUCUCCUUCCUAAUGUACCUGUAUGCACAUCAGUACAUGUAAUAAACUAAUUCACCUUCUUUCACGUGCGCGUUCCCUCUCUCUGCAAUCCAUCCUAUUCAAUAUUGACAUGCCGAAAUCUUUACUAUAAAACCAGUUCUUGUGUAGGAACAGGAGAGCUUCCUAUAGCUUACGCACGUACGCGUCAUACAACGUUAAAUAUUUGAAAUUCUGACAGCAUAUAUUUGGUGUAAUUUUGUUUUUGAACAAUUUCUUUUUGUAUGUCCGAUUUUCCUUUAGGUAAUAACCAUGGGUCCUUAUACUUGUAAGGAGUGUUCAGCUUUACAAAUAAUGGAAAAAAGCCACACCAAAGUGAUAUCAAAUUCUCUAACCAAUGGCAUGUCUAUACGCAAGAGUCAUUUUAACGGUAUUGUUCCACGUAAGUAAUACAGAAUUUUAUUUUUUCUUUAUACAAUUUAUGAUUUAAUUAGUGCGUGUGUCGUGUUUUAAAAUUACAUUAAUAUUUGCACGUACCUAUAAUAAUGCAUGUCUAAUAUACUAAUAAUUUUAUUGUAUAACAUACCCAUGAAUAAUAUUAGCAUACUCAUUAGGAUGUCAAUGAGUUUAUAUUUGUUUAUCUAUAAAUUCUAUUUGAGUAUUUACGUUAAUAAUAAAAACACGUAAGUCGAAAUCACUUAGAGAAAGUUAAUUUCUUCAUUCAUUUUGAAUUCUGUUUAAAACUUGUUCUAAGUAUGCAGAAGCGGAUCCAAUACCUAAUUAUUCAAAGGGAGGGGGCAAUUAAAAUUCGUCUAUAUCAAAUCUAGACUUAUGUCCAUAGGACAUACUAAUCUUUUAUUGUAGUAUUAUUAAGAGGGGGGGGGGUAAUUAUCCCAUUAUCCCUCCCUUAGAUACGCUACUGUAAGUUUGGUAUCUUAUAGUAAGGGCUGUUAAUUUAAUGUCCUAAAAACUGACUAAAAUAUGCUCUAAAACAAAUUUUUUAAAUAUGUAAAACAUCCACUAAUUUUUCGAAAAAAAAAAAAAUAUGGAAAACAAUUAUAUUAUUGUUAUUUGAAGACAAUAUAAAUAUCAGUGAUAUGAAUGUUUGUUACUACAAUACUACCUCGAUUUAUUGAGCAUGUAUAAUUUUUUUUCAAACGGGAAGGUACGUACUUCUGUGUACUCUAGUGUAGAAUUAUAGUUAUCAUUUAAACCACAAAAGUCAUAUUUUAAACGAAAACAUUUCAGCCAAUUUAGCCCAGAACGACUGGAAAAAUAAAUUAGGAUUUUAUAUGAUUUUUAUAAUAAAUUGAGAAACAAACCAUUAACACGAAGAGUUGACGAAAUUAUGCAUAAUUAAUGUGGCCUAAUCUGUUGAACGUGUAAAACAAAAUUUCGUAUUUGAUUAAUAAACAACACAAAACAAAUUUCGUCCGAAUCUAUGAAUGUAUAGGUAGUAAAAAAAGAAAGAAAAGCACGCAAACGCGUUAAUUCGAUUCGCAACCCCGAUAAUGAUUGAUCACGGAAGUAUGUAAGUGAUUAGUGAAAUAUAAUUAUACGGGUCGUAAGUUGUCUAGGUUUUUAGAAAUCGAUGAAUAUUAGGCCGGUAAAAAAUGUACUCUGCGUUAAAACGAUGUUGUAUAUUUUUGAUUUUAAUUUUUCGUCGAGCUUGGAAAACGAAUUGGGUCAUUUUGAUAAAAACCAUGGUAUUAUCGCAUAGUAUAUUAUAUUAUUAAUAAAAUAAUAUCGUAAACGAUUAUGAAACCGGAUACCUAACUAUUAUGGAGUUGGACAAGUAGGUACGUAUAUUAAUAUACAUGUAUGCAUAGGUAUACGUUUAGAAUUUGAAAGCGAUCGGGCAUUGAAACAGGAAAUGUUUACAAACGUUUAUGUAUAUGUAUACAAUAAUAUAAUUUAGCCGACUACCGAAAUGACAAUUAAUAAUAUAUUACAUAAUGCAUUUACAAAUAAAAUAAAUUGCUGUCUUGAUUGUACGGGUAACCUUUAUAGAUAUCAAUAAAUGAUGAUAAAAUAGGACUGGACCUUUAACCGAUUGAGUAUUUUUACUUUUUUGCUAAUCAUUUGUUUUUCAGACGAUUUAUCUUUGACCCCGCGGGGAAGAAGGGCUUAAGUACAUUUUUGAAAUGUUGUUUUUGAUUUUCUCUUUUGUAAAAUUACAUUUUCCUUUUAUUUUUUCGUGUAAAUGGCAUACGCGUAUUCAUACAAGUAUAUGUAUUUUCAAAAUUUAAAUCGUUUCUAUUGAAAACUAUACAAAAUCAACUUGGGCCCUUCUUCCUUGAGACCAAAGAUAUAAAAUAAUUAAUUGAAUAUUAUAGAAUAUUUAGUAUAUAAUGUAUUAGUAUUGUCGAAUUCUGUAGUUGUAAAACGACGCGAUCUUAAAAUAUUCGUGUACGUAAAUGUUGUAUGCUUUUGCAUAUUUUGCGACGAAUUAUGAUAAUUGCUAUUGAUUUUCGUUCUUUGAUGAUAAUUAUAAUACUGUUUCACGCUCGUAAUAAUAUUCGUUUUAUAUUAGCAUUGAAAUUAAUAAUCAUAUUAUGUUGAAUCAGUAAUUUUUAGAGUGGGUAUUCAAAAAUAAUUGGGCCUCUUAAUAAAAAACAAAAAUUACAUAAUCACUUCAAGUUUAACCACAGUAGAUCAUUUUAAUGUGUCUUUAGUUUGAUCUUGCUUGUUAGAUAGCAAAUGUAUGUAAUGACCCGGAGUAUAAUUUUGGGAAUUUGGUCAAAAAGGCUAAUGUCACUUUUUGGGGAAAUUAAGUGUUAUCAUAUAAAAUUGUAUAUGCUUUUACUAGUGGUAAAAGGGCGUAUCUCAAUAAUCAUUGUUUAAUUAUUAUGAGAUUUGAAAAGACAUUUAACAUUUAACAUUUAGACAAAUAACAUUUCAAUGUUAGAAAAAUUACUAUUGUACUAUAAAAAAGGCCCAAAAUUAUGUUUUAUUCUUAAUUUCUCAAAAUUGAUAAAAAUUGAAAUUGGCCCAUUAUGACCCAAGCCCCGAAAUUAUUCGAUGCAUAUUAAACAAUUUUUGGACUGUGCAGAGACUUAUAUUCUGCAUACCCCGUUAGCACGCCAAUCAUUCCAGUAAUUAAAUAUAUUUAAAUACCUAGUAAAAAAUGAUGUGUUUUAUUGUGUAUAAUCAGCCUUAGAUAUAAAAUAUGGUUUUCUGAAGUGUGUAUCAUUAAUAAUUGCGAAAAAUUAUGUAGAUUAAAUCAAAUAUAUAUAUAUACGUGUAGCUGUUUAAUUCGAUAAACUAUGCGAAUGAUUAAUUGACUGGGUUAUAGAAUUUUCGAAUAUUGAACUCGUUUGACGGUAUGUUAACGUGUUUUUUCCGAUAUUAUUUACCUAUAGUUAGGUUAGUUGAAAAAUGUCGAAAAUAAAAUUGUAUAUUUGAUAUGGGUACUUAUUUUAAAUAUUUAAAAUACUCGGUUAAAAGCUGCAGGAUGGCAGUACUUCAUCUAAUUAUUUUGUUAAUAUAUAUUAUGAUGCUUGUAAUGCAUUUUAUUCUGCUAGUAUUUCCCUGGAUUUAAUUAAUUAGACCUUGUCAAACCUAACCUAUAUGUUUAUUUCAAUAUUUAUAAAAUGUUAUGAGGUGUCUGCAGUCUAAUGCAUUUCAUAUUAUCUAUAGUCAGGUCUGGUCCACGACUAACGAGACUAUAGUGUAGUCUAGUCAAGCAUGGUCCAUAACCCAAGUAUAAGUCUUAAAUAUUUAUUUUUUUAUAUCUUGUAUGUCAUUUAAAAGAAAGGUAAGAUAAUGGGGACGGUUGCAGCCACUGAUGUAGGUUGGAAGUUGGUAAGAUAGGAUAUAAACGGGAAUUUCAUUUAUAUCUGUAAGCAACAAUAAACCAUUGCUUACGAAAAAACGAUUCUGAGUGGGUUUCAGUUAAUAGUCACGCUUUGUCAACAAUAUAUAUGUCAUUUUAUAGUAAAGUAAUUAAAUAGGCUUUAUAUAUUUUCUUUAAUAAGAUUUGUUUAAAUUUUGUACCGAUUUUUUCAAUUUUCCUAUGUUUUUCCCGAUUUUUCCAUGUUUUAUCCCGGUUUUUCAUAUUUGCUUUCAAAAAAAUUGCUGCCAUUAAAAGUUGGAGCAAACUUGCUGGUAUUAAAGUUGUGUACAUAAAAAAAGAAGGCCGUAAUAUAUUUUAACUAAUACUUGUAUUUCUUAUAUUUUCCCGUUUUUUUUUCGGUUUUUUAAAUUUGAUGAGAAAACUCUUGAGAAAAUCGAAAAAUUAUCUUUCUAAAGUACCUCCUUAAUGAAAUUUUAUUGAAACAUUGCUAUCAUUAAAAAUUGGAGCAAAAUUGCUGGUAGGAAAGUUGUUCACAAAGAAACAAAAACAUCUUUGUAAAACCAUAAGUUUCUCCGCUCGACUCAGAAUCUAAAAUUAUUGGACUAUUAUCAUACCAAGGAAAUGCCAUGAUAAUUCCACAAAUAAUUGUAUACGAGUACAAACGUACAAUCGGAACCAAUAAACGGUUAUUGAUUAUUGGUUCACGAUUUUUUUUUUAUUGAUUUUUUUAAGUACUGCACGAGGGCCAUCCGUUGAGUAAUAAAGAGGUGGCGAUAGUUAGUUUCCGAGUUAACAGCAGAAUAUGUCUUCCGCCAGUGUUGCCAAUUUAAAAAAAAAAUGUGUACUCUUUUUAAUACAUUAUUUGUCAUAACAUUUUUAAUUUUCAUCGUAUUAUAUCACAUUAAACUCGAUUGCUUAUCAUUGUUGCGAUUUAGUAGCCCGUAGUGUAGUCAAAUUAAUGUUCUCCAAAAAAAAAAAAAAAAAAAACCGCGCGAUUUUAAUUUUACAUGACAUAUUUUGUCAUGCCCGACAGGUCUGUUUAAAUACACGCGAGUAUUUUUUUACCGUUGUUAUUUUACCACUCGUUCAUGGAUUUCGGUCAUUCCGUUCAAGGUCCACUUAAAGAAAGGGGGCUCAGCCCUCGGGUUCCUAGUGAAAUGGAAAGUGUCUAGCCGACGAUGGGGGUCAUGAUGGUAUCGUGCCGCCGAUAGGUUAAUGACCGUCUGCCUGGGAAUUGCAUUUCGGCGGUCAGGGUAUAAGAAAAAAACAGUACGACAAAAAAAAAAAAAAAAUCGGAAAAUCUCGACGUCAUGAUAUAAUAGCCGGAAAAUAAUUAAGGCGUGCGGAGGGAAUUUAUUAUUUGCAUAAAAAAAAUAACCGUCCAUAAAUUAAUAAGACAAUUGAACAAUCGCGUACCUAUUAAUUAUAGGCCAGAGGUUUCCAAACUUUAUUUCCCCGUGCACCACUCGUUAAUUUGUUCUGUUUUUCGUAGACUUCUCUAAAAUCAUCAUUUAUAACCCCUAUUUACAUCUCCUGCACCCCCUAAUUUGUUUCUUUCGAUGAAAUUGCCCCCUUCGCGGGUCAGAAUAAACCCCCGGGGUUCUAUACAUAUAGACCACUUUGGGAACCGCUGUAUUGUCGACGCAUAAUUUAACGGUACAGUAAAAUGCAUAUAAUUACAUCGUAAUAUCUUAAAAAGUUACAACCGCCUCACUACCCGUUGUAUUGCGUGUGGGCAUUUAGCGAAAUAGGUAUUUAUUAUUAUCGCGUACGUUCGGUAAUGAGUAAUAAUAAUAAUAAUAAUAAUAAUAAUUGCGGUGGAUUGCCUUGGAAAUUAAAGGUACGAUUUUUCAUAGGCAUAAUAAUUUAUUAUACGUACGCAUGCGUAUAAAAAUAAUAUAGGUACGCGCAUCCGCAGUUCGUUAUCGCGAAGGUUUUCGAAUUCCUCCUCCGCCAAUGUUAUUACCCGGUAUACAAUACAAUUAUUAUUAUUCGUGUAAAAAAGAGUUCGGGAAUCGUUAAAACCAGAUUCGCUCGGUAACUAUGUACAAAUAAUAUUCAAUGACGUUUAAUUACGUAUUGCGGCCGUUUCGCUGACCGGCGACUUUAUUAACGUCGGUCUUAUGUUACUACUACUAUACCCACAUGAUAUCGUGCCUGUACUCGUUGUCGUUUUAGACGCGACGCGGCCGAUCGGGAUUUCCAAAUCCAUUUCGAAUUGCGCCGUAGCAGCAGCAGUGUAACACAGUAGAAGUUUGUUAUAUGAAAUUUGCCCGUCGGAAAUCCGUGUUGUUAAUUUUGAUCGCCGCGUGGAUAAAUUAUAAAUCGUAGUGUUUCACGCGAACCGGUCGGACAAGUGGCUGCGGGUACACCGCGGGAGGCGCCACGCAAGUAUACAGACUCACUGGCCGUUUGUUGUUCGGUACAGAAAACAUUAUUUUGCUGGCAAAAAUAAAGCGCAAAGUCGAAAACUAUUGCGGCGGGGAGCGGUUUUUUUUUUUUUUUUUUUCCAAUCUCGCAACACGAUUCGACAAAUUCAAUAAAAUCAUAAUUACUCAAUUGGAUAAUAAAAAUUUUAUUUUUAUCCUUAAUUUUAUUACAUUGUAUCGAUUUCGUUACCCGUAUCUUCAAACAGGUGUUUUGAUUUCCAUUGUAAUUAUGUGCGUUGAAGUUCAGUAAUUCACACACGUGGAAAACAUAAUAGACGUUUAUAUAUAGCUAUAUAAUAUACCGACAAUUGCGUAAAAAUAUAAUAAUUGUUAUUUUCUUUAAAACUGGCGGAGCCCGGAUUUAUGUAUUCUGUUGAAAUAGACCGAGUGUUAUAUUUUCUUUUAACGUUUGAAAAUACGAUUACAAGCGUGGUAGUUGUGGGCUCGGUAAAUUUACCCGGUAGUAUCGUUUUACUAAAGUUUUUUUACCGAUUAAAAAUCGAGUGAUAGAUAUAGAUUUGUAUUGUAUAUAGAUAUAAUUCCUCGUGUCAAUUGUAAUUUUACGUGCAAUAACAUUUGAUUAAUGACAUAUUUCAAUAUUUAAUACCGGUAACACUGUCAACAUGACAAAGUGCCUAUCCUAUUGCGCCAAAUUUAUUAAGAAUACAGCUCAACAUUUUAGUUUUUAAUUUUGUGUAAAGAUUGCGGAUUUUUCAAAAAAAAAAAAUAAAAAUCCAGGGUCAGGGUAGAUUUACCAGUGAAAUCAACAUCUCUAUUUGCAAUAAUAUUCUCUAAAAACAUUAAUAAAAUAGGUAUGCAAGGUUUGGUUACUUUGCACGAUUGCGAAUCUCGAAAUGUUUUUUUAUAUUGUAUGGUAUACAUCAAAAUACUAUGCACUUUUAUGCAAACAAAAUAAAACGCAUUUUUAAAUUCUUAUUACUAUGUACCGUGGAUAUAAUAAACUUGCUCAUAUGGUUGUUUUGCACAAAAUCAUGUUUUACAUGAAAACGUGUACUGACCUAACUCGACUCCAUGUCACGGAAUUGACGUAUAAUCAUAUAAUAAUAAUCAUAUAAUCAUACGAGCAUGACGGGUACAGACAUUUUCGACGAUGACGACUUUAAACCGGGAGCGGAUCCGUAAAUUAUUUCCACUGGGGAAUGGGGAGGGGGGUGUACCAUCCGGAUUCACAACUGAAGUAAAUAAAUAUUAGAAACUAUUUUUUUUUUUUUAUUAUUUCAGGACAUAAAGGUCCUAUUAAUAUUUAUUAUCGUUUAAAAUUCUAUAUGUCUAUGCACAAUUCGUAUAUUAUGAGUUCAAUGUAAAAUUAUAAUAUUUAUACAUGGUUUAUUUUUUUUUGCUUUAUACACCGUGGAAUCGUUUCGCAGCUUUUACCAGGUCUCUCAGACUAUUUCUUUCCUCCGCGUCCUGCACAUUGUUGCUGUUUCGUCAAUCCUUAAUUCUUUGCACGGUUCAUCCAGCCGGCUUAUCGAAAAGUCACGCUUCGCGCACGUCCGGCCCACUCAAUUAUUUUGGAUACUAGGAAUUUUCGCGUGUUUAUGUGCAUUAUAAUACUAUACACUCAAUUAUAAUAUCAGUUAUCAUCUUUUUUUGUUAUCGUAUAGAAACUGAAUAUUGUUUUUGCGAUUUCAAUUACACAAGUUGAUUUGUAUUCAUUGUGAGGUAUACAACUUGCAAUUAUUUAUAGUCAUUCGAGUUAACGCUACAUUAAAACAUGUUUAUAUUUUAUUUUAAUACAACGCUUAAUAAUAAUUAUUAUUUAGCUAGGAUUUCAAACUGAAUUUAUAUCAUUUAUUGUCAUAAGGGAAAAAUACACAAAUUUUAAAAUAAUUAACUAAUUCGUUUGAUUUGUUUUUUAGCUAUGCCAUGGUUCGGCAUGGAUAUCGGGGGAACACUCUCGAAACUAGUAUUUUUCGAGCCAAAAGACUCAAUUGUAGAAAAAACCGAAGAUGAAACUCAAUUAUUGUCUAAUGUUACCAAAUAUUUGACGAAAAAUUCUGCUUAUGGAAAAUCCGGACACAGAGAUGAACACCUUCAAGUAUAUAAUACAUGGGGCAAUUUUUUAAGUAUGCUCAUCCCAAUUUUAUCCAUACAAAAUGUAAUAAUUGCCUGAGAAUACUUGACUAAGUAAUCAUUUUAUAUUUCAUACUUAAUUAUACUUGCCCAUUUUCAGUGUAUUAAGGACUUUAGUUCUUAGUAUUUAAAGUAUAAUAACAUGGAAACUGUUUAUUCAAAUUUUGAUUACAAUGUGUCAACAUUUUCAGAAAAAUCAUCUAAUACACUAUUUGAAUUAAAAUAUAUGUAUAAGUUCUUAUUUGAAAAUCCAAAAUUGGUAUUAUCAAAGAAUACUCCUUACAUGUCGAAUACUUUUAUUUAUAGGUUUAUAAAUAUUUAAAUAUAUUAUCUUUUACAUUUUAAAAUGCCAAAUCUCAGAAUUUGAUUUUAUGUAUAAUUUAACAAUAAAAAUGGAGUGAACAUGCUUAAAAAUUACUGUACAUAAAUUCAAGUUUAUAUAUUGUAUAUAGUUGUCCUUAUAAUAAUUUGAUUUUAGAUGGACAAUGUUAAAAUUUGCAACAGGGUUGGUACUCUGCAUUUUAUUAGAUUUCCAACUAGCGAGAUGAACAAUUUUUUGGAAUUGGCCAAAAAGAAAGGUAUGGCUGCUAGUGUAUCUACAGUUUGCGCUACUGGUGGCGGGGCGUUUAAAUUUGAAGAAAAUUUUAAAAAUGUAAGUUUUAAAAAGUAAUUUUUUUAAUAAUCUAGCUAUUGUAUUUUUAACUUCUUUAUUUAAUGUCUGUAGAAUUAUACCGGUUGUUAGUUUCUUAUUUAUUAGAUUUGGAGUGUAGUGAAGGGAGGGAUCUAUUGAUUUCACUAUGAUGUGUGAGUGUUUUUUUUUUCUGUUUGUUAACUUUUCAAAAAGGAAUACUACUUUCCUAUGUAUAAAUUGUUGCACCUUUUUUGAAAGGAAAUUUUAUCUAGUUGGUGUGUUAAGGAAGUAAUUUUUUGAUUUUCUAUUUGGUUUUCAUAAUAAUUUGAAAAAAACCAGAAAAAAAUAAAAUAAAAACUGAUGAAUUUACAGCAUUACAAUUCCUUUAUUUCAAAUUUGCACUGUUUAUAUUUCCUUCUAUAAAUAAUGUCCCAAUAGAAAAAAAAAUGAGAGAUCUUUUGUAUUGAAUUUUAAUCUAGUUUGUGAAUAUGAAAGUCGUUUUUUGAAAUUUCUUGAAUUUUUUUUAAUAAUUGAGCAAAACUAAAAAAAAAAAAAAAAUAUAGAAUGAAGAGGAAAAUUUACAAAAAUAAUGCUUUUAUUAUUAACAAUUUUGAUUUUUUUUUUCUUUUUAGUUAAAAAUAUUUGUAGAGACUUAAAAUUUGUGAUAACAAAUUUAAAUGUGUCUUUUCUAGAUGUGAAAAACUUUUAAAACAUUUGAGCUAUUUUUAUGCUACUUAUAGAAAUUUUAAUUUGGGAUUUUUUUAAAUCAUUUAUAUUUGGUAGGUACUAUGCCGACAAAAUUAUUAAAUUAAACAGAAAUGCUUGAAAAUUUAACAGGUGGUUCAUUAUAAUUCAUACUUAGUGGUCAUAAAAAAAAAAAAAAAAAAAAUUGAGUGUAAUGUAGUACUUUUUUUUAUAUAAGAGUUUUAAAAUCAAAUUUUGAUGUAUUACGGUGUUUCAGAACAUUUAUAACCGAAACUUGCUCCGAGUCGUUUUUUGUUAGCAAUGGUUUAUUGUUUUUAAAUUAAAUAUCAUUAUAAAAUAUGAUAGGUAUUUGAUUAAAAUUGUAAUGUAAUCAUACAUUUAUAUAAAACUACAGUAUAAUAUACAUUAUAUACAGCAUUAAAGUAAUUUAUUAGUAUAUAAUAAUGUAUAAUUCUCAUUUUGUAUUUUGUUAUUAACAGGAAUUGAAUUUAAAGUUGUGUAAAUGUGAUGAACUGGACUCUUUAAUCCGCGGCUUAUUGUUUACAGUUGCUUCAAAUAAUAACGAAUGUUACUUUUGGUCACAAUGUACUGCAGAUGAACAGUGUUCAAAACAGGAAUACACAUUCCAGUAUAAAAAAUAUCCAUUCAUCGUGCGUAAUAUAAACAAUACAUAAUGCAUGCAUUGUAUUAUUUAGUAUUUUGCGAAUAUUUUAACAUUGUUCACUAUUAUUUUUAGGUAGUAAAUAUAGGUUCUGGUGUAAGUGUUUUGGCAGUUUACGGUCCAAAUAAUUAUAAAAGAAUAUCUGGAACAAGGUUAGUGACAACAAAUUGUAUUUUAAUUAUAUUCAAAUCUUAUAAAGUAUAUUUUUAUAUUGAAAUUAUUUUUAAACAUGUUUUUUAUUAUUAUUUUAGUAUAGGAGGUGGUACAUUUUUAGGUUUAUGUAGUUUGUUAACUGGGUGUAAUUCAUUUGAUGAGGCAAUUGAAUUGGCUGCAAAUGGUGAUAAUACAAAAGUUGAUAAAUUGGUGCGGGACAUUUACGGAGGCAGCUACAGUAAAUUUGGAUUGCCUGGAGAGUUAGUUGCUAGCAGGUUAUAUAAUUAAAUAUUAUCUAAUUGUUAAAAUUAUAAACAUAUUUGUUUAUUUUGUUACAGUUUUGGUCAUAUGAACUCCAAAGAGAAACGAGCUCAGGUUUCUCGAGAAGAUUUGGCUAGAACAACUUUAGUUACAAUUACAAACAAUAUAGCAUCAAUUGCAAGGAUGUGUGCAUUAAAUGAAAGAAUUGAUAGAGUAAUAUAAUAACUGUUAAAUAGUUUUAUUUGUCAUAAUUUAGAAUUUAGUUAUGGAAUUUUAAUCAAUUUCUCUAUUUUAAGGUUUGUUUUGUUGGUAAUUUUUUGCGAGUAAAUCCAAUAUCAAUGAAAUUAUUGUCCCAUGCUAUGGAUUAUUGGUCAAAGGGUUCGCAGAAAGCUAUAUUUUUAAAUCAUGAGGUAAUAAACACAACUAUUUAUAUUAUUUUUCAUGUAUUAUUACUAUAAUGUUACUAUCAUGUUAUAUUACCAUUAUGUUUAAUUAUUAUAAUUAUCUUAAUUAUAGUAUAUUUCAUAUAUUUUAUGGGUAUUAUUGUAUUGUUAUAUUGGUUCAUAUUUUUUUAUUAAUAUGGAUUUAACAAUACAAAAUUUAAUCAAGAAGUAACCCAAUCAACAUUCUCAAUUAAUAUUUAAAAUUAAAAAUAUAUAUGUAUAUGAGUAUUGUGUAGGGCAUUGUUUAAAUAACAAUGCAAUAUUUUCACUAAUAUCAAGUAAAAAAAAAAUAUAUAUAUGUAUAUAAUAUAUUUUAUUAUCAUCUAUAUAAUAGUAAAAAUAAAUAAUAUAACAAUAAAUAAACUUUUGAUUGACAUCCCCAGUUUGUAUUCUUUUGUGAAACAGCGUAUGUAUAAUAAUUUAUAAAUAAUAAAUAUAAUAUUAAUAUCUACAUUAUAUUUAUUAUUUAUAAAUUAUUAUAUAUGCACCGUUCCACGAAAGAAUGCAAACUGAGGAUGUCAAUCAAAACUUGAUGUGCAUUUGCCGUGGUAUUUACAUUGAGAAUUUGGUUAAGUGAACUAGUUGUGUUCUCUAAGAGAAAUACCCAAAUUUGUAUCUGAAUUUUAAAUGCUUAUAGUUCAAAAUAAUAAAUCUCUUGAUCAAUAUUCAAUUUUGCCUUUAUUUCAUUUACCAUAGACAUAUAAUAUCAACUAUUGAUUUUCAAAUAGCGACCCAUAUUUUCAAAAUAAUAUUAUUAAACAAUUAUAUAGUAACCAAAAUCAUAUUUAAUCAAAAUCGUGGUUUUGGAUAUCCGCUGGUUUAUGAUAAAAUAAUUGUAUAGUAUGUAGCUAAUAUUUUUGAUAAAUGGUUUUAUAAAAAGUCAUUAUUCUUAACUAAAAUUAGUAUAAUAUAUGUAUGCAUCAUAAAUAAAUAUAAUUUAAAAUAAUAAAUAAAUGAUUUUACCUAUACAUAAAUUUGAUCUAUUAAUUAAUCUUAAAAAUUUAUUAAUUUCAGGGUUACUUUGGUGCGAUUGGAUGUUUGUUGUCAUUUGACGAGAGGUUUAAAGAAUAAUCUGUUGAAUAAUGUAAUCAUCCAACACAUUCCAUGUUGCCGAUCUAUUUUGAUUUCAGCAGGUUUUGUGUCUAGUGCAUUAUGAAUGUUACAUUAUCGUUAUUCAUACUGUAUUGACCCGAAUAGUUAUUAAUAUUAAAUUAUUUUAAAUGUAUGACACCACUGCAGACUAGCAGCCUAUAGCAUUGGUCAUAAAAUUUGGUGAGGUGUUAUUUUUAAGAAAGAAUAUUAUAGUCUUUCAUUAUAAUUAGUUACCUGUCCUACGUUUUAUUAUUCGUUCUACAAACAUGCGUGUUUAAAGUUGUUAUUUUAUUACUGUUUUUGGCAAAAAUUAUUUACCUAUACCAUAAUAUAGUAUAUGAUAAAUAUCAAAUCAUUGUUUUUCAUAGUAUUUUUGUUUAUUUAUAAUUUUUAAUCAUAAACAUAUUUUAUCAAAUUUUUCAACUAUCCAUGGUUACACCAUAUUGUAAUAUUGUUAUAAUAAAUACAAUUCUUCAUAUUAUGUUUUCUAAAAAUUUGCUUCAAUCAAUAAUUAUUAUAAUUUUAAAUGAUAUCAUCCAUGUUUAAAAUUAUGCAAAGAGAAUUAAUUUAAUUUGUCUCACUUUUAUUACAUCUGGUGACCUAUGUGUUUGUGUCAAUUUUACUGUGUUAUCUGAAAUAUUUAAUCUGAUGUUUGAUUCAGAAUAAUUAUACAGAGUGUUGAAAUGUUAAAUGAGUUGGAAAAGUAUAUAUAUAAUAUAUGUAUUCUAGUGCAAAAAUCUUUUGUGAGAUGAAAAUUUGGUAUUCGUUUAUAAUUUAUCAUUCAAAAUUAAUAUUAUCUACUUAAGACAUUGUUUCUGAUGAAUGAAUAUUGAAUAGUAGUUUUAAAUCUGCAGUAUUAAAACUAUAAAUCAUACUGCAGAACAUUUUCAAAAAAAUGUAUUUCUAAGUUUUUAAAAUGGUUUAAUUUAAACAAGUUUAUCAUGAAUAAAUCAGUUUCCCCCAAAUUGUAUAUAGUAAUAUUUAAUUAUAUUAUAUAAAAUUAUUAGGUGGCUACCUAAAACAAUUUUAAUAUUAUAGAAUUGUUUAUAUUACUAUCUAGUAUCAUCUUAAUUUUAGUAUAAAAAUGUAGUAUUGGAAUUUAGUUGAAAAUUGUUCAAGUAAUCAGGUGUGGAUUAAGGGGAGGGGGAGAAUGUCCCUGGGGCCUUCAAAGACCAUAUUAUGAGUUGAAGAAAAUAUUUCUUUUUGAUUGUUUGUUCCAUUUUAAUAGAUGAAGUCCUCUUAUUGAUAUUGGGCCCCUAGGCCCCCACAACCCUUAAUCCAGGCUUGUAAAUAUUAUUUAAUAGUAAUACGCAGGCCAUAAUAGUUUGCUGGUAGCAAAUAAGUAUUACAUUGUCAUAAUGCAUACAUUUAUACAGGACAGGUAUAUUUGUUUGUAUGCUAUUUAAAAGACAUUUAAAUGAUAAUUAUAUUAUUAUAAUUUGUAUACAAUGAAUCAUAUGUAUAAUUUAUAAAAAAAAAAAAAAAACAAUCACUACCUAUUGCAUUUAUAACAGUUAACUUUGUUUUUUAUUAUAUUGUAUUGUAAAUAUUCAAAUGAAAACUGUUAUUUAGGGUACUUGUUGAAAAGAUGGUUAAUUGAGUAUGAUAAUAACAUUAAAGUCACUUGUCAAUAUUGUAAAAUUUAAAAAAAAAAUUGUAAAUUCAUUGAAAUUAUAGUAUAUAAAAUGGUGAUGAACUGAAUAUAUUUAUCACAUUAGUUAAACACAUUAGUAGUUAAAUAAGUAAUAUUAUAAUAAAAUUUAGUUUUUAACAAUAAUUUAUUUUUACCAACACUGUAUGUGAAUUUAACUAUAUCAUGAGGAUUCAAAAUUUUACAUUAAAGUAUAUUUGUCAAAUAAUGUCAAAUUCUUGUUAUACAUAUUCUAUUUUGAUUUAUUGAUUACUUAUUACACAAAUAUUAUAAUUUAUAAUAUUAUAUUUCGUAUAAUAUAUGGUUUUAUAUUUCCUACGUGAAUGAGUGUGUAUAGGUUGGUAAAAAGAAUGCCAACGAAAGAAUUUUGGUAAUAAUUAGGACCUUGAAGUUCAUGCAGU